AUGCCUGGCCCCGACAAUAGCUGCCCAGUGGAGGUACCCAUGGUGUCGGAGACGAUGAUAUCAGUAAAUGGAACAAAUGAAACAAAAGAGGCAUCAUGUCCAAUGCACUCAUGGCCACGCGCUAUUCAGCAUAUUGAUCGGAAGGAUCUGUAUACGAAUCUUGAAGACCGAAUACACUACCUGCACUCCUUUCUCGAUUUUAGUUCUAAUGACAUCGAAGCCCUCAUCAACGGAUCCAAAUAUAUCAAAGCAUUAAUACCGGCUGUGGUGAAUAUUGUAUAUCGGAAGCUCCUUCAAUAUGACAUCACAGCAAGAGCAUUCCAAACACGGAGUACCAGCUUUGAAGGUCCCCUAGAUGAAUUCCCCAGCGAGGAUAGUCCACAAAUCAUCCAUCGAAAGAUGUUUCUGCGGGGAUAUCUAGUCAAAUUGUGCUCAGACCCGAGUAAGAUGGAGUUUUGGCAAUAUCUGGAUAAAGUUGGUAUGAUGCAUGUUGGCCGAGGGCGAGAACAUCCACUCCAUAUCGAAUACAUUCAUAUCGGCGCCUGCCUUUCAUUUAUCCAAGACACAUUCACAGAGGCCAUAUUGUCUCAUCCUCGAAUGCAACUACAUCGCAAGAUAGCACUGGUCAAGGCUUUGGGCAAAGUGAUAUGGAUUCAGAAUGACCUUUUUGCAAAGUGGUAUGGGAGAGAUGGCGAGGAGUAUGCCGAUGAUAGUGUCAAGGUAAAGAUUGAACAGGAAGGGUAUUUGCAUGGCAAGAAGAUUGUGAAUGAUUCAGAUGAUUCUUCCAUAGCAUCUAGUGAUUAA